CUCCGCCAUCGCCGCGCGGCCGCGGCCGAACGACGCGCCCCGAGGCAGGGCCGGCAGCCGCGGCGAAGGAAUUUCGGGUCCCCCGAGGGCUAGGAAAAGGUCUGAUUUCUGAUAUUUUGCAUUUCUUUGCGUGUGUGCCUGUGUGUGCCAGCAGAAAAAUCCCUCUAUCCUGGAAGAAUGGUGAAACUGGGGAAUAAUUUCAGCGAGAAGAGCACAAAGCAGCCCCUUUUGGAGGAUGGAUUUGACACCAUCCCCUUGAUCACACCCCUGGAUGUCAAUCAGCUCCAGUUCCCACCUCCUGAUAAGGUUGUGGUCAAAACAAAGACAGAAUAUGAACCUGACCGCAAGAAGGGAAAGUUCCGUACUCCUAAAAUAGCUGAAUUCACAAUCAGCAUCACUGAAGGGGUUUCAGAAAGAUUUAAGGUAACUGUGCUGGUCCUUUUUGCCCUUGCAUUCUUAACGUGUGUUGUAUUUCUGGUAGUCUACAAGGUUUACAAGUAUGAUCAUACCUGUCCAGAAGGAUUUGUUUUCAAGAAUAAUCAGUGCAUUCCAGCUGGGUUGGAAAACUACUACUCUGAACAAGACUCCAGCGCUCGAGGGAAGUUUUACACAGUCAUAAAUCACUACAACCUGGCCAAACAAACCAUCACGCGCUCCGUGUCCCCGUGGAUGACAGUACUGUCAGAAGAGAAACUGUCUGAACAGGAGACUGAAGCUGCUGAGAAAUCAGCUUAGUAUGAUAAGCUAAUUAUUAAAACUAUGUCAUUUGAAGGUAACUAAGGGACUUCAAGGAACUUUUCAUUAAAUAUAAUUAUGGAUAAUUUAGAGGUUACUCAUGUUUAUGGUGUAACUGCUUCUGUUUGCUGAUACUGCUUUGCAAAAAAAAAAAAACUGAAAACAAAAACUUGCUGCAGAACAUUCAUGGGCAUAACCCCAGGUGCAUAUCAGCAUUGCUGUAGAGCUUUGACACCAUUUUCAAUGUUAAAAAAAAAAAUCCAAUGUUAGAUAUGUUCUUGCAGUUUAUUGGAUACUGAUAGAUUUUGUCACUGGAUUUUCAGGGCUUGGACCUUAGAUAAAUCAUGUGUUCUGUUA